UUCGACCAAACACGAUGCCACGUCGCCCAUCACCUGUUACAACUUACAACUCGUCUCAAACCACCUUUUUCAAAGCAGGAGCCUGGGAGCCUUCGUCCGUUCACGCCCAGCGUCUCUUUAACUACCGCCGUGUCAUCGCUGUGGGCUCAGUGCUUAACCAUCGUCAGCAAACACCGGGCGCCCCCACCCGUAUUGCUCGUAAGCUCUCCCCGUGGCUGCCGAACGAUGUGGAAGCCCGACGCCGUUGUUCCAGAGCACCGCUGGCGCGCACGCAUGGUCUGGGUGUCCCUCUUGGUGGGCAUCACCGCAUAUACCAUAUGGCUGAUCUGGAAAAUAUUCGACGAUCGUGCCAAUCCGAGCACCAGUCUCAAGAUCACGAAUGACCUCUUCGCGUAUCCAUACGUGUUGGUGUGCUUCUACCAUGGGCAAGGUUGCGGGUUCACGGACACGAGCGUGGACACGUGCGUGUCAACCGCCUUGACGGAGAGUACGACAGUAUAUUUUAAAGACGACUCCUAUGGCGACCUCGGCGCGUACGCGUUGGGCAACUGUGUCAGCUUCGAUCUGGGCAGCCUCGAGUUUGGAGAUGACAUCACCACAGAGAAUGACGAAGUAACAAUCGAUAUGUGGUGGAUUCAAAGUGACAUGGCAUCUGAUGAGACCGACUACUUCGACCACAUCGGGAUGUACAUGGCGGAAGAGGAGCCCACGGAGAGCACGUCGUCCUUCUUGCACGUGCCGUACAGCCGAAUCCUGCCUGAUGUCGAAGUAAUUUAUACGGUUGCAGAGCUGGUACGGUACUGCUGCUACCGCUGUAACGUAAUUCCUUCUGUUGGGAACUAUGACGUACCGUCUGGCAUCUAUUGGCCACGAAAUCUACGGAUGCUUUGUAUCAUCUGCUGUAUUUUCCGGGACAUACGGAACCUUCCAAUUUUUCCGUCUAUCCUACGGAUUAUCCUUGCUUCGACAACUGCUUUGAGCCGCGGAUAUCCGUGUGGACUUGAGGAGAUGUUUAUUCAGGUCCGCAAUGGUUGUUUUGCUACACGUCGUGCUGUGCAGCAUGCUGACCAUGUCCUUGGGUUGUCGCUGGGUUGUUGCUGGGAGUUGCAAAGAAUCUCCGGACGGACGGCGCGCCUUGGUCGAAGGUAGGCCCUGCCCAUGGCUGACACCAUCGCCGGCGGCCGCGCACGCGGGGGUGGGAGAGCUCGUGUGCGUUUUCGACGCGUUCAACGUCCAAUGAACAAACGCUCUUUUGCAUGUUGCCUUCGCCUUUGUCCCCUUGCCCGCCGAACGCUUCUUCGCUUAGCUUUGCAUGGAAUCAAUGUGUGGCACGUAACACCAUUUGAAACGUGUAUGCGUCGUGGACAGAACAGGGGCAUGACAUGAGCGGUUCUUAUGGGCCACUGAUUGCUGUCGAAAGAGCUACGUCCCCAACGUCCCUGGGCGCAAUGUCUGCGUAUACAUGUACGCGUUGUUGCAUGUGUUCGGUGCAGAUUUCCAAGGGGCUGUCUCUGUUGUUUUCCUCUUUGACUCGCGUGUUUGCCCGCAGAGCAUCGGCAAGACCACGAAGAAGGCGCUCAAUGGAGACGUGACGACCACCUUUCCCCCCCUCGUCCUUUCGUCGUCUGACUACACCGCGAACGAAACUUGGACAACAUCGGAGGAUGAUGCCCUUUCAGACCCCGCGUACGGCAGGCUAUUUCUCGUUAUCGACCACGGGGAUUUCUCACUUACCACCAUCGCCGAGGUCGACCCGUUGAAUAUUGGCACCGUCCUCGGCAACAUCGGUGGAUUCUGGGAACUGCUGCUCGUUUUGUGGGGGCUCUUCUUCAUCGCCACACAGGAGGAACGUAAACCAAAGAUGAAGGCUCGGGACUUCGCCAAGACAGUCCAGACCGCGAAGAAAUAUUUCACCAGGCGCCGGAGCCUUUCUGUAGACUCUGCUGCUGCUUCUAUGACCUCGGCCGUCGAACAGAGGCCUCAAUGGGAAGCCGCGUUCCGAGGUGACACUGCCGCCGUCCCCCAGCUCGGCGGAGACAACACGGCCGUUCAGACUGUGCCUCCUGUGAACGACGGUGGCGCAAGCACUGCCAUCCGCCGAGCUUCCAACGAUAGCAGGGGCAACGGCAGCACGAGCAGUGCUCGUUUUCACCGCGCUACGAGUGGGAUGACUGACCCCCACGGUAGUUCCUCAAGCUUCAACUUCAGGCGUCCGGUGGUGCUAGACAUGCCCAGACGCGGCUCGAGAACUGGCGGCAGCCUUCCCGAAGUACAACCACGCGCCCCGCCAAGCCACGAUGAGAUGUCCGCCAAAUAGAACAAGGUCCUCCGGUCCAAGGUUGCACACGAAUUGCAAACCCAGCCUGUCACUAUCUCCAUCUCAAUUCCGUACCGGUGGCGGCCGAUGUAUCGGCGGAUGACCCCGUAGACUGACCCGUAACACCUUCUUUGUGUAUGAACGCCAGGGCAAUCUCAGCGGCAAUAUUUCCCCUUCUCGAUGGUCGCCUUGGAGCGGUAUUGGACUGAUUUGUGAGUAUUGCGAGACGUUUUCAUCUAUUUGGUGUCAACUUUGUUCAGAGCAGCACAGGAUGCUACGUCACACCGGAAUGCGUCGCCCCAGUCAGGCUCAUCUGCUUGUGGAACAUGCACCGAAGCGGCUAAAGGCAUGCAAAAGCUGCCGCGGGCAGUCUCUCGGCAAUAACCCGUCUGUACUCUGUAGCUUCUAUUUUACUUCUUAGUACGAAAUUUCGAAGUGAAUCCCCCGCUGAUAUAACUUGUAAUAAUCACCGGUGGAACCUCUGUCGUUGUACUACCACUAGCUGCGGUGUCUCGGCCAGUUAGAAUCCGACACGCGUUUCUCUGUCGUGGGUACGUUGUUUUUAUCAUUUUGCUGUUGGAUACGCUUUUCUUUUCGUUUUGUUUCCUAUUGGGUAUAUUUUGAGCAAGAAAUUUCGAAUUUUUUCCCUCGCUGGCGUAUGUUGUAGAAUUCACCUGUGGUACCUCCGUCGUUGUGAUACCACUAGCUGCCGUGUCGCGGCCACUUGGAAUCCGGCAUUUAUUUGUUUACGUCCGUCGGUGCACAUGGGUAACAUGUUUUUUUUUCAUUUAGCUCUUGGGUACGCUUUUCCUCUCUUUUUUUUACUAUUGCAAGGGUAUAUUCGGCUCCUUGUUGUUCGCUCUCUUUGCAUGGUGACAAUUGUGCGGAGGUUUUCAUGGAGCGAAAUAAAGUCUGUGGAUCUGGCGCGGUAUACUGUAGUUUGGGUUUUGUGGCAGCAACAUAUAUUGCCGUCCGCAGCCAUGGUCUUUAGUGCACCUUGACGUGGUGAAAACGUCGAGAGAGACGAGCCAGAAUGACUUGUGAACGGUGGUUGACCACUUUCCCCUAAAAGCCACACAGCACUUGCCCGUUGCCGUCUGAUCCUUGUUGACAUACAUGAUUAGCGCGCAAACUAGUUGUGUACCCUCGUCGGCAUGUUUCACAGGUUCUCGCUAGUCGGUUCCUAAUCCUAGCGGGUUACGAGGCGCCCAUGAUCCCGAUGACUUUGUGGUUCAUAAUGAUAUGAAGCGGGUCUGUCUCUCUCGCGUUGAUAGGUUCCGGAGUUGCACUUCACUGUAAGUACGAGUGAGUGCGGAGGAGGGGACGCGGUCAUAUGUUCAGCGUUGAUUGAGUCUCCGAAGGUCCGACGGAUCUGCGUAUUUAUCCCUACCUGAACUGUUGUAAUGACGUUGUGCAGCCAACGCAAAGGAACAAGAUAACUUCCCCCAAGAAGUUUCCCGACGCAUGUAUGCGUGCGCGAAACUGCCGACGACGUACUGUAGAGAUCGUUCAUUGCGGUACGGGGUUCCUCUCACGGAGU